UUUUUAUUUUUGUUUUCCUUCAUUCAACGUUAAUUGGGCUGGGUAACAAAUCCAUUAAACCCUAGCAAAAACGAAGUGUAUAAAAAACCAAUUCAUUUUUCUGAUUCACUUUUCACAAUUUCAGUUGAUUUUUUAUUUUUUUUGCAUUAGCAGAGAUGCAGAUAUUCGUGAAAACCCUAACUGGAAAAACGAUAACCCUCGAAGUCGAGAGUAGCGACACCAUCGACAAUGUCAAAGCCAAAAUUCAAGACAAAGAAGGCAUCCCACCCGAUCAACAGCGUUUGAUAUUCGCCGGGAAACAGCUUGAAGAUGGAAGAACCCUAGCUGAUUAUAACAUUCAAAAGGAAUCUACACUGCAUCUCGUCCUCAGGCUUCGUGGAGGUAUUAUUGAGCCUUCUUUGAUGGCUUUGGCUCGCAAAUACAAUCAAGACAAAACCAUUUGCCGCAAAUGCUAUGCUCGUCUGCAUCCAAGGGCUGUAAACUGCCGGAAAAAGAAAUGUGGUCACAGUAAUCAGUUGAGGCCAAAGAAAAAGAUUAAGUAAAUUAUGGCUCUGAUGCUGUGCGUCGUUUGUGGUGAGCUGACAGACAAUUGUUUGAUUAAUAGAUGAUAAUGUGCUUAGUAUGGUGUUUGUCAAUGUUUGAUGAUUUUGGAUUUAUUUAUGUGGUAUUCAACUUAUAUACUUUUAUGACAUUUUGAUCUCUUUCAUGUUUCAGUUAUAAGUUUUUGAAGAUUAAUUUCUUCUUUUCUUAUACUAAUACACUAGCAACAGUUUUUGUUAAAAAGUUAUUUACUUUCCUGUUUCA